AUGUUCUGCCGAGCUGCUCAACUCUACUGGGAGCAGAGAAACAGGCAGGUGGGAGAGAGAGAGAGAGCGAGAGAGAAGCACGAAAACAUCAACACUCAAAAUAACCCUGAUUCUCAGGAACUUCAGUAUUACUUCCUGGUGAUUUUCGGCCACGAUGGGCAGAAACCUCUGGAGCUGCGGACAGAAGAGGAUGCAGAUUGUAAUGAGUGGGUGGAGGCCAUUCAACAGGCCAGUUAUUCAGACCUCAUCAUCGAGCGGGAAGUUCUCAUGCAGAAAUACAUCCAUCUGGUGCAGAUCACGGAGACGGAAAAGGUGGCGGCAAAUCAGCUGCGGACGCAACUGGAAGACCAGGAUACAGAGAUCGAGAGACUGAAGGCAGAGAUUGUCGUUCUGAAUAAAACAGAAGAGCGAAUGUUGCCCUAUCAGUCCAAUCCAGAGGAAGAAGAUCCAGAUAUCAAGAAAAUCAAGAAGGUGCAAAGCUUCAUGCGUGGUUGGCUGUGCAGAAGGAAGUGGAAGAUCAUCGUACAGGACUACAUCUGCUCACCUCACGCCGAGAGCAUGAGAAAGAGAAACCAGAUCGUCUUUAACAUGGUGGAGGCCGAGACGGAGUACGUGCUCCAGCUCUCCAUCCUGGUCAACUGCUUCCUGCGGCCGCUCAGGAUGGCGGCCAGCUCCAAAAAACCCCCCAUUACUCAUGACGAUGUCAGCAGCAUCUUCCUCAAUAGUGAGACGAUAAUGUUUCUCCAUGAGAUAUUCCAUCAAGGCUUGAAGGCUCGGAUAGCCAACUGGCCGACUUUAGUGUUAGCGGAUCUCUUCGACAUCUUGCUGCCGAUGCUGAACAUUUAUCAGGAGUUUGUGCGGAACCAUCAGUACAGUUUGCAGGUUCUGGCCAACUGUAAACAGAACCGGGACUUUGACAAGCUUCUGAAGCAGUAUGAAGCCAACGCCGCCUGUGAGGACCGAAUGCUGGAAACCUUCCUCACCUACCCCAUGUUUCAGAUCCCGCGGUACAUCAUCACCCUUCAUGAGCUCCUCGCCCACACGCCUCAUGAACAUGUGGAGCGCAAGAGUCUGGAGUUUGCCAAAUCCAAACUUGAGGAACUGUCCAAAAUGAUGCACGAUGAAGUGAGUGACACAGAAAACAUCCGUAAGAAUCUGGCGAUCGAGCGAAUGAUCGUGGAGGGCUGUGAUAUUCUGCUAGACACCAGUCAGACGUUUGUACGGCAGGGCUCUCUGAUUCAGCUGCCCUCCGUGGAGAAGGGUAAACUGAGUAAGGUGCGUCUGGGCUCGCUGUCGCUCAGGAAAGAAGCCGAACGCCAGUGUUUCCUGUUCACCAAACACUUCCUCAUCUGCACACGCACCUCCGGCGGCAAACUGCACCUGCUCAAACAGGGAGGCAGGUUGUCUCUGAUAGAGUGUGCGCUUAUCGAGGAGCUGGACGCCAGUGAUGAAGACUAUAAUGCUGCUGGUCAGGGAUUCAAUCGUCUGGAGUUUAAAAUAGUGGUUGAACCUGCUGAUGGUCCGUCGUUUGCAGUCGUUCUGCUCGCUCCGUCUCGGCAGGAGAAAGCAGCCUGGACCAGCGACAUGAGCCAGUGCAUUGACAACAUUCGCUGCAACGGCUUGAUGACCAGCGUGUUUGAGGACAACUCCAAAGUCACCGUGCCGCACAUGAUCAAGUCUGACGCCCGACUGCAUAAAGACGAUGUGGACAUCUGCUUCAGUAAGACGCUGAACUCCUGCAAGGUGCCACAGAUCCGUUACGCCAGCGUGGAGAGACUCCUGGAACGACUGACCGACCUGCGCUUCCUGUCCAUCGACUUCCUCAACACCUUCCUCCACACCUACCGCAUCUUCACCACCGCUGCUGUCGUCAUGGACAAACUCUCCGACAUCUACAAGAAACCCUUCACGUCUAUACCGGUCAGGGCUCAGUAUCAUUCGUCCGACCGUUUGUCCAUCACCUCCAUCUGUCCAGACUACAGCCUGAAGAUCACAAGGCUUGUACUGGACCAGUCCAAUUGUAUGAUGUUCCUGACAGCUGUACUGGAUUCAGUAUCAUUGGAUAAGUUCAUUCCUGAGACGACCACGUCCAGUGAUUCAGGAGACAUGUCUCCAUGCCGUUCACCAUCCACCCCGCGACACCUCCGCUACCGAACGCCUGCAGGUCAGUCUCCCGAUAGCUCCCGCUGUGCCGUGUCCCCCGCGUCCGCCUUCGCCAUCGCCACCGCCGCAGCUGGACACAGCAGCCCGCAAGGAUUUACCAACCCUGAGAAAUCCUACGACAAGGAGUUCCUCAUCCGCAGGGCCGCCACCAACAGGGUGCUCAACGUCCUGCGCCACUGGGUUUCCAAACACUCGCAGGACUUUGAGAUGAACGCAGAGCUGACGACGGCUGUGAUCGCUCUGCUGGAGGAGGUGCUGCGAGAUUCAGAUCUUCUGCCGCAGGAGAGAAAGGCCGCAGCUAACAUACUGAGUGCACUUUCUCAAGAAGAACAAGAUGAUUCACAGCUGAAGAUUGAGGACAUAGUGCACAUGUCCGACUGUCCAAGAGUCGAAUGCUUUGAGUCGCUGUCGGCGAUGGAACUAGCAGAACAAAUCACUCUACUGGACCAUAUUGUGUUCUGGAAUAUUCCAUACGAGGAGUUUCUUGGUCAAGGCUGGAUGAAAACGGAUAAAAAUGAAAGGACUCCAUACAUUAUGAAGACCAGUCAGCACUUCAAUAAUAUGAGUAAUCUGGUAGCGUCUCAGAUCAUGGCUCCUGCAGACGUGAGCUCCAGAGCCACAUCCAUUGAGAAGUGGCUAGCCGUGGCUGAUAUAUGUCGCUGUCUCAACAACUACAACGGGGUGUUAGAGAUCACAUCCGCACUGAACCGCAGCGCCAUCUACAGGCUAAAGAAAACGUGGGCCAAGGUUUGCAAACAGACCAAGGCACUUAUGGACAGAUUGCAGAAGAUAGUUUCAUCGGAAGGGAGGUUUAAGAAUCUGAGGGAAACUCUGAAAAACUGUAACCCUCCGUGUGUGCCCUAUCUGGGCAUGUACCUGACGGAUUUGGCGUUUAUCGAGGAGGGAACGCCCAACUUCACAGAGGAGGGUCUCGUCAACUUCUCUAAAAUGAGGAUGAUCUCACACAUAAUACGAGAGAUCCGACAGUUUCAGCAGGCGCCCUACAGGAUUGAUCUGCAACCCAAGGUAACACAGUUCCUCCUCGACAAGACUCUUGUAAUGGAUGAGGACACACUUUAUGAAUUAUCUCUUAAGAUUGAGCCAAGACUCCCUCCUGCCAACUAAACCUGAUGAUAAUGUUUACAACCAGACUCGGAUAUCAAAAAACUUUUUAUAGUCAGUUUGUGGGAAUCAGUUUCUGUCCACUGUAGAAACAACUUAUCCAUAUAUUAAUUUCAUUCUAUAUAAUUUUGUUUCAUCUUUUUUUUUGUUGCUGUAAACUCAGGUUUAAAUGUGCCUUUUUGCAAAUAUUAUGUACAGUUUCAUAGUGCAUAUUUCUAGCAUGAUGCAUUUUAAUAAUUUGAUAAUUUUUUUACCUGAAUGCACAAUAUCAGUUCCAUUUUUAAAGUCUGAUCAUUCCUUUACUAUAAUGAGAAUGUGUAUGCGUGCAAACAUAUGUUCAGAUGUCAAAAAUGUGUGUGAUUGAUGUUCGCUGGUCCAAUUUUGACAAGCAAGUUUCUCAGUCAAUCUGCCCGCAUGUAUGACAGUCAUGUCAGUACUUUGAUCCACUGGAGUUCGCUGAAAUGUCAAAGCUCAACCAAGCACGUUUACGGUUUACCAAAAUAAAUAUAUUUUUACAUUUGUUAAUAUUAGGUGUCAUCUGUUUACACAGCAUGUUGCAAUGAGACUGCAUUUGCUCAUUUAGCAUGUUUCUGUUUGUAGAAUAUUUUUUAUAUUUUCUGGCAUGUGUGUGCAUGAAUCUGUACUUAAUCAUAUUCUUAAUUCUUCUUUAAAACAUUUUUGUCUCUAACUUUUGGAUUAACAAUAGCAGAUUCAAAGCAUUUAUUACAUAUAUUCUACACUUCAGAAAUACUGUGAUGGUACCAUGAAACAGUGACUUUUGUACACUUUUGUACUGAUUUAUUACCAUAUCUGUGUACUAU